AUGCCACCAAAUAUUUCGAUAUCUGGCUUCAAACGUGCACGGGAAUUAAAUGAAUUCUGGAGCGGGGAUGCAGCAACAGUUUUUUUGAGCCAAGUCAAGGAGCGAUCACAACUGGAGCCAGAUAUGUACCAGCACAUGAUUACUUUGCUCCGCAAAUUCCAAAAGGACCAUUCAUAUUCAUCACUCUACUUCUAUAUGUCGAUCAUCCUACGGUACCACCCACAUCUUCUUCAACGCUUUCAGAAAUUCUUACCCGCCGUACCCAAUGACACAGAAGUAACUGAGCCCAAAGUCAUUUCAAAAGCGCCACCAGAAGAGCUUGUUAUCUCCACAGACUUUAUCGAGGCCAAAAAUUUUGUACAAACUGUCAAGCUUGAAGCCAAAAAUGAAAUGUCAAUGUAUGAUCGCUUUAUUGCAGCGCUACAAAAAUAUCAAAAAACAGGCUGGACCAUUGAUCAGGUUUACUCUGAAGUAUCUCUAAUCUUCUGGAAUAAUCCUGAGUUGCUCCAAGGAUUCAAGAAGUUUAUCUCCAGCGUUUCUCAAAAUGAUACUUCUUCGUUAAAUAGACGAUAUGUUAAAUAG